GUGUUAUAAGCAUGCUUCAUUUAAGCUGUCGUUCAAGGAUUUGGCGUGUGAAAUACCACAGAGGCUUAGAUACAGGUUCACAUGCCACAUCUUUGAUUGACCAGUGAUAUUCUUACUAUAUACUUAUAUUGCUUCUGUGCUUUACCUGUUCUCAGAUGCUUAAACGAUUUGUGUUAUUACAUUUCAAAUACACAACAAUUCAAAAUUGAAUGAAAAAUGUUUAGUCUGUGCUACCAGUUAGCUGCAAAGACAACAGGUAAAGUCAGAUUGCAAAGCAUAAGAAACUUAAAUGUGUGAGGAAAAUGACACUGAUUGUUUUUACAGCUCACAGGACGAAGCCACCAGCUACUGCUGCUAGACCUGCAGAACCGGAUGACCCCACUGUGACUGCUGCGAAAGCCACAGCGAAGGCCCUGUUGCCGGUCCCUGCCCAGCUGCUCGCCAUUGCCCCAGAGCUCGGGAUAAGAGAGCAGGAGCCCGAUGUGUUGAAACAAACACACAGAAAGGCAGUCUCCCGCAGUCCUUUGGAGUCUGGAAUAAGAGCAGGUCCAUCUCUUCCUAAAAAUACAUCAUCCCUACUGAGUAUUGCCCCUGUGGAAGCACAGGGAGACACUGUCCAUGAUGAAGCUCCACCAUGUCCUGCGCCUCCUGUCAGGCAGCCAGCAGCCCCAGGCUACAAUCAGGAUGUUGCACAGUGGAACUGCUCCCAUCAGCAGCAGAUCUGGAUGAAGACUGAGCUUGAGACAUUGGGUCUGUGGCCAGGGUCACGUCCAGUACGUCACCCAAUGAACAUGAUUACCCUGUGGCGCUAUCCACCUCAGCCUGAGCUCAUAGACAAUAUUGCUGCACUGCCUUCGCCCAAAUAUUUUCAGCUCCACCCGUUCUUCAUUUGGAAGCCGGAGCAUGCGAUCAUGGAGAGGGUGAGGAACAAUUUUGUCCUGCCCUGCCUUCAUGGUUGUCCCAACCCUCAGGUAGCUUCUUCUGGUGUUGGACGGCCCAGAGUGAUCAUCGGCACCAGUGGUCAGUACUAUCUUUUUGCUUCACGGCUCACCUGUAAAGCCUGUAAGAGGUACUGGCAUGCUGACAAACCCCAAUGGCUGGAGAUGUUGCCAAAACGCUUCAAUAACAUUGUGCCAGCCUUCCUGACGCACAAAAAAGCCAUCUGCAAAUCGGUGAUGGAUGAGCUGAGACGCAGUGGCAGAUCACCGGAGGACAUGACCAAGCAGCUGACAGAGGCGGUCCAUCUUAAGUAUGAGCGAGCUCAUCUGGCCUACCUGCUGAGUGUGCAGAACAUCAGGGAUGCUGAGGAAGGAGCCUACGGCCAGAAGACCAUCACUGGGCACCUCAGACAGGCAGACACUCCAGCUUCAUUCGGGGGAUAUUCAGAUGCUGAUGGCUGGCGGGGAGUGUCUCUUUCUUCGCACUACCUGGUCAACUGCCAGGUCCAGGAGUAUCAGAGGCAGGAGCAGCUCCUCACACUACUGCUGCAGGGGACCUUUGGACGGGCACUGAGGUCGGAUCACACUCGGAAAGUGGCGAGGAAGGUCGUGCUGUCGUCUGGCACCAUGUCUUCCUACGCCAUCAUGAAUGAGAACUGGAUGAUCCUGAGCUGGGUGAUGCUGCAGUCAGAGUGUGAUCGGUCCCUUCAUCUGGUGUAUCAGGGACUGGCUCAACGCUACACUGCAGCUGGAGUGGAGAAGGCAUGCUGCCACUGGGUGGACAGGGACUGCUGUGCUGCCUUCAAGGUCCUGGACACCAGAGCUCAGGAGCACCUGUCAUGGGACUGCUGGAAGACCACAGAGGCUAUAGUCACAGAGGCCACCUCUGGAAACCUCGCCAACACAAGUGCCGCAAGGAACAAGUUUAAUGUAGACAUUAGCAUCAAGUUAGACUUGUUUCAUUGUAUGCGCCGGCUUACCAGAGAGUGUGUGUCAGAGCAUCAUCCUCUGUACAGCUCCUUCUGCCAGUUCCUCUCUGCAGCCUUUCUCGUUGUGGACCAGGGGGAUCUCGAGAGACUGAAGGACGCUUACACCUUCUGUGGAAUCUCUCCUGCCAAUCCAACCAAGCAGCACAUGAGAGAUCACUGCAGGACACAGGUGCCACAGCCCAGAGAACUGCUGCAGAGAGUGGAAGACGUCCUCCAUCACUUCCACCUGGCAAAGGACGUGAAUGAUGUGCUCCUCUAUAAGGCCUCCAUGUUCAAGGUGUGGAGGAUUCAGCGGAUACACAUCUUAAGAGGCUGCUUGAGUGACCCUGAGGUGGAGGAGGGGAUCCUCUACAGAUACGGUGGCACCUUGCAGCUUAAUUACACCAAGGGCGAAGGAGCGGCUGUACCUGUUUGGAUCCCUGUUAGAGGCACGUCUCAGCAGGAGGGCUUCCACUGUCACCAGGCCCAGUGGGUGACUGGCAACCGGGUGUCCACUGAGCUCUUCCAGGCCCAGGCCAUGACUGGAGUGGUGCGCUGGAACUUUCAGAGGCUUGUGGACCUGAAGCAGCCUGGUGUGGAGCUGCCAGCUGUGUUUGACCCCCUGCUCAUUUGGGAACUGAACGCAGCCUGUCAAAGGGUGACAGGGGUGCGAAAAUACCCAGCUCUGCACAUCUCAAACAGGGACACAGGGGAGAGAUUCGGGCUGCAGUACGUGGAGCCAGGCUGUCGUCCUGUGGUUUUAAACUGGGACAAACACAGGACACAGCACAACACCUCUGCUGCUGUAACCGUGGCAACACAGCUGCACUCCUCUGCCCUGGAUGAGGUGCAUGACAUUGUUGCGGGCACAGACUCUCAGGAGACCAGUGAUGGCACUGUCCAGGACAACCCAGUGGGAGCAGUGCCGAUCCUCAGUUUCCAGCCACCUAUGCCAGCAUCUGCCACGGCCAAAGAAGAGCCUCACCCUUUGAUGGAUACAGACCUGCGAGGGGUAGCGCCACUGCCCAUAUCCUCCUCUCCUCGAGCCGCCCGCACUGGACCCAUUAAGACGGGAGGCCUGGUUCAAGUCCUGGACCACGGCCGGUGGACGGCCCCCAUGAGAGCAGCCAUCGAUGGGCUUCUGGCUAAACAUCAUGGAGCCAAAGCUCUUCUGAAGAGGGUGGAUGCGGAAUAUGCUGCCAUGGUGCAGAGGGCGUGCACGGAUCCCAACAGCCUCCUUCAUCCGACCACAGGCCAGCAUAUCUCCAGAUAUGUCAAGCAUCUGGCCAAGCUGAAAAACACCAGCUCCUCUCUCAACACCAGCCCAGAGAAGGUUUUGGAGACUCAGCAGCUGUGGCAGAGUUUGACCACAGGCAGCAAAACAGUCUGUGUACCCGUCACAGCCCUGCCUCCUGCGACCGUCAACCCUCCAGCUGUGGCUCCCCCCCCCCCGGAGGAGUCACUGAGCCGGGCCACAGUGGAGAAGAUCGUGUCAGAGAUCCUCCAGAAACAACAGCAGCAACAACCAAGGCAGGAGAGAAAGGUGCCCAGAAACUGUUUGUCCUGUGGUCAGCCAAAGUCCAGGUACCUUGGCGAUGGGUCCACUGUUCACUUUUUUUUUCAGUCCCCUGAGGUGAAGUACUUUUACUGCUCCCAACGGGUCUUUAAAAUGUAUAGAGAGGAAGGCCUCAAAGACCCCAGGAUGUCUUUUGUGGACUUUGCUGCCUCCCCCUUUUUUGCCAGGGAGCUUGAGGCUGUAAAAGAGAGGAGUGCAGCGUGGAAGAAGGUGGCAGAGGAGAGGACAAAGCGAAAGUCUGCAGUGCAGCUUCCAACAGGUCGCCUGUGCAGAUUCUGUCACCAACCACUAAAGCAGGGUCCUGGCAGCCCUCAUGUCCAUGCCUGUUUCCCUGACAUCCCAGGGAAAUACAUUUACUGCCCCUCCAGAGUGUUGUCCCUUUACAAGGACAAGGGCAUGGUCAAGGAGAUGACCUGGAUGGAGUUCCAGCAGUCAGACUUUUUUGAGGCAGAAAGGGUCCGAUGGGUUUCAGAGAAGAGGAGUUGAGGAGGAAUAAUAGUCCUCUUUUCUGAAAUUAAAUGAUUAGACCUUGACUAAUCAUUUCAUAAUAUCAUAUAUGUUUACACUUUCUAUUAAAUAUAUUCUGUACAUUUGUAUUGUUCCUUUGCUUAUAUAUUAUCUCAGUUUGGACUUUGGGUGUUUAAUAACUAAUAGUCCACUUUUCUAUAAUAUUGUAUAUGUUUACACUUUUUUGUAAAUAUAUUCUGUACAUUUGAAUUGUUCCUUUGCUUACAUAUUAUCUUGAUUUAUCUUCAAUAUCAGUUUGGAC